CCACCUGGGGGCAGCAGCCGCAGAAGCUGCCGCCCGCCCGGUGGCAGAAACAGGAAACUAUCUUGUUUAUCAGCGGCUACGUCCUGCGGGUCACGGCUCCUCUGUUUUCUCUCUGCUCCGGAGACAUCUCAACCCAAAAACCUGCCUCUGCCUCUGCCUUUGUCUCCGUCGCUUUCUAACAUUCACCAAACCUUUCUGCAGGCGUCGCUAAAGCGUCCAGAGGAGUUUUACGGCGAGCCAUCUGUGUGGAAGUCCCGGUGUUUGCUGUGGCGGGCUUCAGCGCCAGCCUGUAGCGUUAGCCCGCCGCUCCGAACAGCGAUGACCGCGGACAGAGUUUUUCUUUCUGCGUAUUUCCACUAUUGACUCAAACCGGAGAUCCUCCGUCUAUCAUGGCGAGCGAAAACACCGACACCAACGCCGGGAACGAUCCGGAAACCGGUCCUCCAUCCGAGACAAACGAGCACGACUAUGCCCACGCCGCGGACAGUAACUUUACUCCCACAGAGGCGUCCUCCUUCUCCGGUACACCGGCGGCUGAAAGCGGAGUCGCCGUGCUGGAAAGCUUUACUACACCGGCUGAAAACGAGCAGAGCACGCCGGGGCAGCCCGUCGCCCCUCUGCCGGUAGAGCUUCCCGAACCGGCCGUGGGUGCAGAGGUGGACUGUCCCGGUGGGACUGAUGCGGAAGCGUCCUCGCUGCUGCCGCCGCCGCAGAGCGAGGAGGACCCCCAAAAGACCGCAGCGUCCGAACUUGGCGCUGCCACCUCCCCCGCCAUGCCGCGCGGCGGUCGCCGGCGUCCCAAGCGCCCGGAGGACAGGAACUGCUCCUGCUGCAAGUCCGAGUUUGAGCGGCAGGGUCGCAGCUUCAACCGCAGGGCGGUGUACACUUUCACCACCCCGGAGACUGUGCAGUGGGCCUUCCCGGACUCCGUGGUGCACAACAAGUCCUUCUUGUGCGAGACCUGUGCUCAGGUCAUUAGGAGCAAAUGCAAGCGCAAACAGACCGGGAAGCGGUCUCUGUGGCUGAAACCGCCUGUCACUAAACAGCCAGACGGGAGAGACAAGAAGAAGAAGGCCCGCAGGAUGGGAAAGAAGAGCAAAGCGGCACUGCUGGUCAGCAAGUCCUGCUACAAGGCUGCUUUCAAAAUGCUCUGGUCUGCUAAAGGUGCCAGGAAACCCAUGAUGGAGUUCUGGAGUAAACAGCUGAAAGAGGAGAUGAAGGUGCUGUCACGACAGGCAGAUAGUCCCUUUCAUCAGAAGGUGUCGAGCAGGAAGCCGCUGUCAUCCUUCCCCUGGCGACGAUGUCUGAACUGGGCCCAGGACAAAGCUCCACUCGUCAUCACCUGCCUCCGCUCGCUGUUCCCCAACAUCAAUGCCCUCUCCAAGAGCAGCCACCAGCUGUCGGAGGAGCAGGCCCAGACACUGCUGGAACGCCGGGCUGUGGUGGCGCUCUCCAUCCCGCUCUUCACCAGGAACAUCUGGAAGAACAAUUUCCUGCAGGCUGCUCUGGGGGCUGAGCUCCGCCUGCAGGGCUGCUCUGGCUCCGCCCUCGACGCCCUCAACACCAUGGGCCUGUGCCAAAACAAGGACACUGUCAGGUUACUGCUGCACAGGCUCCGAAACGGCAAGAAGGCUCCAACACAGAACGGACGACAAAGGAUGAAGCUGAAACAAGAACAGAUGAAAGGAGAACAGAUGACAGACGUGGACGAAGAGGAUAUCGAGGAGGAGGAGGAGGAAGAGGAAGAGGAGGAGGAAGUAGAGGAGGAAGAUGAGGAUGAGGAGGAAGAGGAGGAAAUGGAGAUGGCAGUGGAGGAGGAAGAAGUUGAAGAGGAAGAGGUGCAGGACGGAGUGCAAGAGGAAGAAAUAGAGGAGGAAGAGGAGGAUCAUCUGAUGUUCAGCCAGUUGAACCACAGCGAGCCUGACCCCCCCCCCCAGUUCCUGUAA